UGUCUCAGGUGAGUGACGUUGCGUCGUGACGUCAGCAGGUACGGACACGCUAAGUAUGGUAAUUGUGAGGCCGCAAAAAAGUCCGUCGAACAGCAGUCAGGUGACUUUCUUUGACGAUGGUAGCCUUGCCGGUUGCACUCGUUCGUGGCAGAUAUUAAAGAUGAAGGCUGUGGGCAGUCACGGCUUCCUCAGACUUUGUGUACUGUCGUGUUUCUUUUUGUUGUUGCCCGCGUUCACGUGCGCGGCCGAUAAAAUGGCCUUUCCCCCGUCACGUAUCGGGGUGAUGACGACAGAACAGAGUCGCCGAAAAAGCUACCCAAAACAGAGAAACCCUAACACUAACGCGUUUAACAACAAACAAACAGAAGACCAAAGCCUGCAGUUCAUGUGGAGUCUGUAUAGAAAAGCAGCUAAUAUAGACGGCAAGCCGAAACAACGCAAAAUGUUUGGGUCCAACACCGUCAGGUUGAUUCAUGCGUCCAUCACAAGCAAGAGAUUCAACUCCUCAUCAAAUGACCUGCUGUAUACUUACACUGUGCAAUAUGAACUGGAAAACCUCCCACUCAGCAAACUACACAGGGCAUCUUUCGUUCAUCUGAGGUCACCUGUGGCAUUAUAUCCUCUGUUUAUGUGUGAGGCCAGAGUCUCCUCCUCAAAGCAUACUAAUGAGACAGACUUUGUCAUUCUGGGCCCACAAAGCAUGUGGACUGAAUCGGAUGUCACAUCCCAUGUGUCUCUACUUAGAGGCAGUCUGUUUGUCCUCUAUGUUCAGUACAAGUGUUGGGAAUCUGGCCCGGUUCAUUCUGUUGCAAGACACAGGACACGCAAGAGACUUUUCCCACCACAAAACCACUUGAGAGCCCCUGCCUUGCUUCUCUUCUUGGAAGAAGAGGAACAUCCUAUGGAAUGGACAAAGUACCCCAAAGUCACUUCUCACACUGGCUCAAGGUUACGCCGGUCCAAAGAAUUUGGCAGCAUCGGGUCCGACAUUCCCAACUACAAGCGGUCCAAAAACAGUGUGGGCAAGAACCAGUGCAAGCUUCACUCAUACCGUGUGGCUUUCCGUGAUCUUGGUUGGGACCACUGGAUCAUUGCACCCCCUAUGUACAACCCUCGCUACUGCAUGGGCGACUGUCCUCGCAUCCUACACUAUGGCUACAACUCGCCGAACCAUGCCAUCGUCCAGACCGUCAUCAGUGAGCUCGGUGUUGCUGACAUCCCACUGCCGUCCUGUGUGCCUUACAAAUACAAACCUAUCAGUGUGCUGAUGAUGGAAAAGAAUGGCAGCAUUGUGUAUAAAGAAUAUGAAGACAUGAUUGCAGAAUCCUGCACCUGUAGAUGAUCGGGGUCUUGAAAUACAACUGUAUGAAAAAACACUAACUAAUAUGGACUUCUUUUGACCUGCUACUGCCAUCUGCUGCCCACAGCUAAGCCCACAGUCUUUGUGAAGGUAUGUUAUUAGAAUGUGAAGUUAUUGCCUGAUGCAUAGAUGUGUUAAAAGCCACCAACUGUGACAAACUUUCUUUUCUUUUUCUGUUUUUGUCUUUUGUCUGUGUGCCUUAUUCAUGUGUUUGCUAUAAUGACGGAGGAGAAAGAAAAAACUAUAGUUUUUUCUAUUUGGACUAUUUGAUAUUACAUGUUUGCCCCUGACAUAACUGUUGAAAAGUUCAUUCAAAAAAAGAAAAAAAGAUUUUUUUGGGAAAAAAAAGAAAAAAAGGUCCAUAGUGAGGGAACUUUUGUGGUGUAUUUUGUAGAUCAACUUGUACAUGUUAUGUUUGUGUGUCUGUGGCUGGUUGCACGUAAUAGAAAGAUGUUGCUGCUGUUUCAAAUGCUGCUAUUGUGACCUCUUUUUGAAAUGAUGCCUUUUGCCUGCUUUAUUUUAGUCAAAGGCAAGGAACGGAGAUAGGACUGUCCUUUAUCUGUCUGAAAGAUGUGCAUCUAGUUUAUGAAGAACAUUUCUUGGACAUGUUUCUUAAAGAUUGAUUAUAGAGAUUAGUAAGAUUAAUGAAAUGAUUGUUUUAGAGAUCUUGAGAGAUGAAAUA